AUGGUUCAAUAUAUUCGCUUUCUGCGCACUCCACAAAGUGACGUUGGGAAAAAGACUAUCGACGUCUCCGCAGUCGUAGCCGUCACCACAGACUUGGGUGAUGCAUUCUUUAGUGAGGACGUCGAACUGCUCGCAGAUGUUGUCGAGGCCAACCCUCCCCAUGGUGUCCUAUACUCUCAGACUAUCAAAUGGCAGGCUUCAUCGCGAGCUCUAAAGUUUGCCGUCCAUUGUCCUGGCAAGUAUCUCUCUAGACCUGUGCGCCUCCAUGUGACUACCACGGAAACAGAGACUGCCUCUCAAGCAUUAGAAAUUCCAAAAAUCCUGGAUGUUUGGAGUUGUGUCUUCCUUCUGUCUGAUAAGCAGCGGACGGACCCAAUCGUGGAGCGACGAAUUGCUUUGUCGAAUAGGAGCAUGGUGAGGAUGUGGGAGGAAACCGGUGACAGCAUUGCGCGGCAUAUCUGGGAUGCGAGUCUAGGUUUUCUUGUCUAUUUCGCGCAUGCACUGUCUACCUCCCCCAUCGAUGGAAUGUCACUGUUAGUGUCCCUGUUCAAGUCCAGCAAGGUAAGACGACUUAGAGUGCUGGAGCUUGGUGCAGGUUGCGGCAUAGUAGGAGUCGCAUUGGCACAGCUUGUCAAAUGCGACCUUCUCCUUACCGACCUGGAGGACGCUCAGGAGAUUUUGGCGAGCAAUAUCCGAUGCGCUGCGCCCGUGGCAGGAUCUACAGUUCGGUCGGAAGUGUUGGAUUGGGCCUCGAGCCUUGAUGAUAGCUCCAAUGCCAAUUACGAUCUCAUUUUGGUUUCCGAUUGCAUCUACAACCCAGACAGCAGUCUGCACUUGGUAGAGACCUUGAGGCAACUGGCCACUCGUACGCCCGAAACUGUCAUACUGGUUGGAUUCAAGCGACGACACACCGAGGAUGAUUUGUUCUUCGCACGGAUGCGCACUGCAAACUUCGACGUUCUCGAGACCCUCAAGAUUCCGCUCCCCUAUAUUGACACCGACCAAGACGUGGACCGACCAACCACCGAGUUCUUUACCUAUAAGAUGGACACUCAGUCACAGAACGACUCCUAA